GCGCAAUUGCGAAACUCAGUUUGGAAUAAAUUGUACAAGUGGUUAAACGUUAAUUGCCUAGCAAUGGCUCUCCUAGAAAUUGGUCUGGGCCUCCUGGCCAUCGCUUUUCUACUCUACAAAUGGGGCACGGCUACCUUCAAAACCUUCGAGGAGCGGAAACUGUACUUUGAGAAACCCUACCCGUUCGUCGGCAAUAUGGGUGCAUCGUUCAUGCAGAGAGCUUGCUUUCAAAAGCAGCUAUCCGAGUUCUACGAUCGCACUCGUCAGCACAAAAUUGUGGGCUUUUUCAAUUUGCGCACACCCAUGAUCACGCUGAAUGAUCCGGAGCUGAUCAAAAAGGUUUGCGUCAAGGACUUUGACCACUUCCCCAACCACCAGCUCUUCAUCAGCACCAACGAGCGUCUGAUAAAUGACAUGCUCAGUACGAUGAGGGACCAGCGAUGGAAGCACAUGAGGAACACUCUGACUCCAGUCUUCACGGCGGCCAAGAUGCGCAACAUGUUCACCCUGAUGAACGAAAGUUUCGCGGAAUGCCUGCAGCACCUGGACACCUCGGGAUCUUCCCCCAGUAAAAAGGGUUUCGAGGUGGACAUGAAGGUGCUGUGCAACAAGCUCUCCAACGACAUUAUCGCCACCACUGCGUUUGGGCUCAAGGUCAAUUCGUAUGAAACCCCGGAAAAUGAAUUCUACGAGAUCGGGCAGUCACUGGUUUUCUCUCGCGGAGCCCAGUUCUUUAAGUUUAUGUUGGCUUCAUUGGUUCCAAAGCUUUUCAACGCUUUUGGAAUGUCAGUCUUUGACUCCAGCAAGGUGGAGUACUUUGUUCGUCUGGUGGUGGAUGCCAUGAGGUACCGAGAGCAGCACAAUGUCUCGCGACCCGACAUGAUCCAGCUGCUAAUGGAGGCCAAGAAGGAGUCCCAGGAUAACUGGACUGACGAUGAGAUCGUGGCCCAGUGCUUCAUUUUCUUUUUCGCCGCCUUUGAAAAUAACUCAAACUUGAUUUGCACCACCACCUACGAGUUGCUGCUCAAUCCCGAAGUCCAGGAGCGUUUGUACGAGGAGGUGAAGGAGGCCCAAGAGGCUCUGAACGGAGCUCCCCUCAACUACGAUGCCGUGCAGAAGAUGACCUACAUGGACAUGGUCAUUUCCGAGUCCCUCCGGAAGUGGACUCUGGCCGCCGCCACGGAUCGUUUCUGCUCAAAGGACUACACACUCACGGAUGAGGAUGGGACCAAAAUUUUCGACUUCAAAGUGGGCGACCGCGUCAACAUUCCCAUCUCUGGGCUGCACUUGGAUGACCGCUACUUCCCAGAACCCAGAAAGUUUGACCCGGAGCGCUUCAGCGAAGAGCGUAAAGGCGACUUGGUGGCCUACACCUAUUUGCCUUUCGGCGUAGGACCUCGAAACUGCAUAGGAAACCGCUAUGCUUUGAUGCAGGUCAAGGGUAUGCUCUACAACCUGAUGUUAAAUUACAAGAUCGAGGCCUCUCCCAGGACCGAGAAGGAUCUGUGGGGUUCGGCUCGAGGUUUUAACUUUACUCCAAGAUCUGGAUUCUGGAUGCACUUGGUUCCGCGAAAAUAGGCUGAUGUGGAUACAGUGCAGACUGCUCAAUUAUUUUAGAAUACACACUUGAUUAAGUUCUUAUGCACACCUGUUGAUAUUGCACAAUAAAAUCUUUAACCAUAAAAAAUAUAAAA